AUGCUCGCACCUCUGUUGAUUCUCUCGAGUCUUCUUCUGGUUGCUGGUCAAGAAGAAGCUGCGACAGCGUAUGCGCCAAACAUAACGACAUGUCCUGAAGGAUUGUCGCUCAUUCGAAGCGCCGGAACUGGAAGCCAGCAGAAUCUUACUCACAAGGAGUACGCCUAUACAGCUGCUAGGCAAGAGAAUAUAAUCCCCGACGCAUGGCGGUCCUACCUCACCACGGUGAAAGAGAGUGGGAAAAAUGGGUCGGUUGACCUUCCUGCAUACGUUUCCGAGAUUCUAGGUGGCUCGUACAAUACCUCCGGCUAUCCGAAGCUCGGAAUCGCGACGAGCGGAGGUGGAUACAGAGAUGCGAUCGUCGGAGCAGGAGUCCUGAAUGCUCUCGAUGGUCGCAAUGCAAGUUCUGUUCAAGCGGGAACGGGUGGACUAUUGCAAGCCGCUACUUACCUGACUGGGUUGUCCGGUGGAGCCUGGCUUGUGACAUCUCUCGCACAGGCAAACUUCCCGACCCUCCUCGACCUCGUCUUUGGGUUCUCGGAUGCGAGACCCCAGAAUUGGAGUGGGUGGUUGUCGGAGUUUGAUUUUAUAGAGCCCAGUACGAACUUGACAAUUGACGAGGACUAUCUUGUCCAGUUAGUUGACGAACUCGUGGACAAACAUAAGAUGGGUUUCCCGGUAACCGUCGUCGAUGUUUGGAGCCGGAUGCUCUCAAGACAUUUUGUGAAUGGCACCAAUGCCGAGGACUUCUUCAAUCCAAAUAUCACUCACGGUGCGGGUGUCACAUUCUCGUCAAUUUCCACUGUUGACUCAUUCGCGCAUUACAUGCAACCAUUCCCAAUCGUGGUCAUUGAUUCGUUAUCCCCUAAUGGAAAUAUGUCUGCCGUUCUGAAUGAGACUGGACUAGAUGUGCCUCUGACGAAUCCCAUUUAUGAAGUCAAUGUCUAUGAGAUGGGGUCGUUUGACCCUAUGUUGUCCGCAUUCACACCGACCAAAUAUCUUGGGUCUCCAGGAGACGGCGAAUGCGCCACUGGCUUUGAUCAGCUGUCGUUCAUCCAAGGAAUGUCAUCCAACGAAUUAAAUCUGUACAACACCUCGGCUUCCGCUGUUCAAUCCUCACCUGCUGGUUCUGCGCUUGAGAUGCUUGAGAAAAUCAUACCAGAGUCCGGGAUUGACCUCACAGUUGGACUCGUGCCUAAUCCAUUCUAUGGCAUGUCGCCAGAGACGUACAUUGAUAGCAAUGAAACCCUGUUGCAGCUGGUCGACGGCGGUCAAGAUGGUGAAGUCAUACCAUUCAUGCCACUAUUGGUGAAGGCCCGGGAGGUGGACGUCAUCUUUGCCAUGGAUGCAAACGCAGAUACCAAGGAAAAUUGGACAGCUGGCAGCUCCAUCAUUGCAACACAAGAUCGUGUCGCAUUCUUUCCUAAAGCAUAUUCUUUCCCUCCGGUGCCUCCCCUUGAAGCUACGUUCCUUGAGGAAGGCCUCAGCACGCGGCCGACGUUUUUUGGAUGUAACAGCAGUGUCGAAUCUGGCGACCCGCUUGUGAUAUAUGUUGCAAAUGGUGGACCACCCCUUGGUCAAGCGCCACUCACGAACACGUCUACGUUCCAAUAUUCCUACUCUGCAGACGACGUCGAUGGGAUGUUAUCUCAAGCGUUCGAUCUCGCUACACAGGGCAUUGCGGACGGUGCGGAGAAGGAUCCACUGUGGCCAGCGUGUUUGGCGUGUGCUGUUGUCGACCGAGCCAGGCGGCGCGAAGGGAUAGAGCGGAGCGGUGUUUGUGAGAGCUGUUUAGACAGGUACUGUUGGAGUUAG